UCGCGGGGACCCGGGCAGGGGCUGCCUCGCUCCCGCCCCGCCGCGCGGCUCUGGCGUCGUCCCGGGCGGGCUCGGGACCCCUGCGGCUCCCACGCCCACGCCCUGGUCUCAGCUCUCUCGGAACAGUGCCCCCCCCACCCCCCAGUGCCCCCGCGUGGCCCGACCGGGUGGCCUGGGAGUGGCCGGAUGGAGCGGAGGACGAAAAGCGGAUCCCUGGACCAACAAGUGCCCUACAGCGCCUGCAGCAAACUGUCCGGAAAUGGGAGCCUGCGCGAAGGGCUGAUGAUUCCGCAGAGGAACCUCAUGGACCCCGGGUCCCUGCCGCCCCCCGACUCGGAAGAUCUCUUCCAGGAUCUAAGUCACUUCCAGGAGACGUGGCUGGCGGAAGCAGGAGUGCCGAGGCCCCGGCGGGGAGGUGCCCCUCCGACGCUGUCCUGGGAGCCAGCUCAGGUACCGGACAGCGACGAGCAGUUCGUUCCUGAUUUCCACUGGGAGAACUUAGCUUUCCACAGCCCGACCACCCGGAUCAAGAAGGAGCCCCAGAGUCCCAAUGCAGAGCCGGCCCUGUCCUGCAGCCAGAAGCCACCACCCCCCUUCCACCAUGGCGAGCAGUGCCUUUACUCCAGUGCCCAUGACCCCCCCAGACAAAUCGCCAUCAAGUCCCCGGCCCCCGGCGCCCCUGGACAGUCGCCCCUGCAGCCCUUCCCCAGGGCGGAGCCACGGAGUCUCCUGAGGUCCUCCGGCCCCGGCCAGCUGCAGCCCCAGCCCAGCCACCGGUACCUCGGGGAGCGCAGCCCUGUCUUCCAGCAGCCCCUGGAUCCCUGCCGCUCCUUCACACCUUCCCAGGGAGGGGCCGGAGACCCUCUGGCAGCCCCCUACCAGCACCUGCUGCCCGAGCACUGCCCGCCGUACCCACACCAGGGCUUCAAGCAGGAGUACCACGACCCCCUGUAUGAGCAGGCGGGCAGGGCCGGGCUUGGCGGGCACAGGCACCCGGGGCUGGGGGUGCUGAUCAAGCAGGAGCAGACAGACUUCGCCCACCACGCAGGCCCAGGGCAGGGAACCCGACCUGCUAGCCGGACGUGGAUCCGUUCCGGUGCAAGGGCGGCCCAGGCCAGGACACCGUACUCCUUCCCCGGAGGCUAUGGCUAUGAGAACCUUCUGCGACCUUUCCCGGAGGACGUCUGUGUGGUCCCUGAGAAAUCUGAAGGGGACAUCAAGCAGGAAGGGCUUGGGGCAUUCCGAGAGGGGCCACCCUACCAGCGCCGAGGUGCCCUGCAGCUCUGGCAGUUUUUGGUGGCCCUGCUGGACGACCCCACGAAUGCCCACUUCAUCGCCUGGACCGGCCGGGGGAUGGAGUUCAAGCUGAUCGAACCUGAGGAGGUUGCCCGGCUCUGGGGCAUCCAGAAGAACCGGCCGGCCAUGAAUUACGACAAGCUGAGUCGCUCGCUGCGGUACUAUUACGAGAAGGGCAUCAUGCAAAAGGUGGCCGGGGAGCGCUACGUGUACAAGUUUGUGUGCGACCCUGAAGCCCUGUUUUCCCUGGCCUUCCCGGACAAUCAGCGGCCCGCACUGAAGGCCGAGUUUGAGUGGCCGGUCAGCGAGGAGGACACAGUCCCUUUGUCCCACUUGGACGAGAGUGCAGCCUACCUCCCCGAGCUGGGUGGCCCUGCCCAGCCCUUUGGCCCUAAGGGUGGCUACUCGUACUAGCUCCCCGCACUGCCUGGCCACCAUGUGCGCUGCCCAUGUACAUAGUCAGAACCCGAGCCCUCUACCUGGGCUGAUCCCCGCCUUCCCGACUGGGAAGGGGAAGCGGGGAGAGGGCUGGCCUAAAGGAGGGUUCAGCCCCGCCCCAGGAGCUGGGCUCCGCCUCUCCCCCAUCCUGUGGACCAAGGGGCUCCCGCGCCCUACCACAUCUCCAUCUCGGCACUGCGGCCUGGGGUUUCUUGAGCACCCCACUCCCCAACUGCGCCUCCAGGCUGUGGCCCAAGGGUGCGGCUGUUUAUCCUUGGUGCUGUGUGGGGCAGGGGCAGGACCCCGGGGUGCAGCCGGGCAGAGGGAUGGGCUCCUCCUCCUGUGCACCUGGCAGACUCUAAUAAAGGCCCUGCCU